UGUAUUCAAUCACUUGGAAUGGAAUCAGGGCGAAUUUUAGAUGAGCAGAUAAGUGCCUCUUCUUCUUUUGAUCCGUUAAGUACAAGUCCAAUACAUUCUAGGUUAAACACUGAAAGUGGUAGCGGGGCAUGGUGCCCAUCGUCUCAAAUUAAUGCUACAUCCCACGAAUGGAUCCAAGUAGAAUUAGCAGAUGAAUAUUUUAUUGUUGGGGUACGUACUCAAGGCCGUUGGGAUAAAGGGAGAGGGUUAGAAUUUCCUUCUGCUUACAUGAUCGAAUAUUGGCGUCCAUCAUUGGGUCGUUGGGCACGAUAUAAAGACAGCACUGGAAAUGAGAUUAUUUCGGCAAAUUCGAAUACCCAAACCGCCGUCCUUCGAUUACUAGACGGAGGAAUAAUUGCCAAAUUAGUAAGAUUAAUUCCAGUGAGUGAAUCAAUUCGAACUGUUUGUCUACGUUUUGAACUCUAUGGGUGUUUAUAUAAAGAGCCUAUUAUCUCCUAUUCUGCACCAACCGGCGCCAUAGUCGAUGCUUUGGAUUUACGUGAUAUUAGCUAUGAUGGUUGGACUGUUCCACAAUUACCAGAAUCUUCAAUAAAUUUAAAUAAUUUAUUGUCUGAUAUUGUUUGGUUGCGUGGGGGUUUAGGACAGCUUUUUGAUGGAAUUAAAGGGAAGGAUAAUUUUGAAGAAUUUCCUAGUCAUUGGAUUGGUUGGCAUAGAAGUCAAAAAAUUGGUAGAAUAAUUUUGAUUUCGAAAUUUAUUUAUUUAAAGGCCAAUUUGUUCCUCUCGAAUUUUUAUUUAAACGAAAACAGAAUUUAUCGGCAAUUUUACUCCACACUUCAAAUUUUCGAAAGCGGGGUGCUUAUAUUUUUAGCUCUGCCCGUCUCCAUUUUUCACCACUUGGAGGGGAAUUUUCAACUCGAAUUCUUGAGGUAUUUGGAAAAUUAA